GAAAAAUAAUAACUGUAAGACUGGGUACAUGUAGAUUGAGUGGAAUAAUUUUUAUUUUUGAAAAUUCCAUUUUUAGUUUAAAUUAGUUUAGGUUUUUUUAUAUUUAGAAGACUGAUUAAAGGUACCUAAUAACUAAUAGAAGAAUCGAAAAUGCAGCUGAAAUUAGGAAAAGUUGAUAAGAAAGUCGAGGCGGAGAGGAAACAAAGCCCAGAGUAUGCCGCCGACAUCGAAGAGGCGUUGCAUGCCACAGGUUUCGGCAAAUACAACUUCGGUCUACUGCUGGUAUGCAGCUGGACGCUGCAGGCGAUGGGCAUGGACCUGUUCGGGACCAGCUUCGUGGUGGCGGCGGCGGUGUGCGACCUGGAGCUGAGCAUGCAGCAGAGGGCGCUGCUGACUGCUACUCCUCUUAUAGGAGUGGUUCUCGGCGCCCAGCUGUGGGGCUACGUGUCGGACACGAAGGGCCGGCGGCUCACCCUCGUGCUGUCCAUGUCGGUCGGGUUCGUGUUCGCGGCGCUCAGCAGUUUCGCGCCCAGCUGGGAGAUCAUGGCGCUGCUCAAACUUGUGUCUUCUACGUUCACCUCAGCCAGCAACUCAGGCGCAUACACCCUGUUAGGCGAGAGUUGUUCCGAGCGCGCCCGAGGACGGUCCAUGCUGCUUUGCACUUGUGCACUGAUGUGCUCGCAAGCUACAGUUGCCGUGUUUGCGUACCCAAUCCUGCCUCUCAACUUUGCCUACCCGAUCAACUUCCUUGGCAUCGUGUACCGGCCCUGGCGCCUCCUCGCCUUCGUGAUGGCGGUGCCGUGUUUCCUGACCGCCUGCCUGCUGCAGCUGUUCCACGAGAGCCCCAAGUUCCUCAUCUCCAGAGGCCAGCCUGAGGAAGCUCUGGAGGUGUUGAAGAAGAUUUACGCUUGCAACUCUGGAGAGAGCACAGAAAACUUCCCAGUUAAGAAACUGAUCUACGAAAUAGAGGAGUCUACUUGCGAAGAAUCGAUCUUGAAAGCGAUGUGGCAGCAGACCACGGCACUGUUCCGGCCGCCACUGCUGUCUGUUACACUCAAGCUGUUCUACCUGGUCACCAUCAUCUACAUGACUGGUAGCGGCUUCAUUCUCUGGCUGCCGUACAUCAUGAACAACCUGUUCUCCGUGCUGGAGUCCGGCGGCGGCAGUGGCAUGAACCUCUGCACCGUCAUACGACACUCCGCUGCCAGUGCCCUUGUUGUUGGAAAUGGCACUAUCGUCCAAGAAGUAUGCAACGACACAAUACAGGAGACAACGCUAUUGUCUGCAAUGUCAUACGGUGCUUUAGCCAGCUCUGUCAACCUGGUGCUUUCCCUCACCUGCGGGUCGCGCAAAAGACUGGCGAUGCUCUUCAUCAUCACGAUGUCUGCGCUCGCCGCUAUUCUGCUCAACGUGGUAGCAAUUCCUAUCGCUGGCGGGAUAUUCUUCUUCAUCUUCCUUCUUUGUGCGCUUUCUAUGGGCAUCCUGAGUGUUUACUUCGUGGAACUGUAUCCUACUUCUUUGAGAGGCAUGGCGUCGUGCUUAUCUGUGAUGCUCGGCAGAUCCAGCGCAUUCCUCGGAGUCAAUGCGAUAGGAGCGCUGAUCAAUGCCAAUUGCGAAGCUACGUUCUACGUCUGGUCGGUCCUACUGUUCAGUUCGGCCAUUUUCGCGUGGUACCUUCCGAAAGACAAAAAGCCAAAUCAGUGAACUAAAUAAGAUUUUAUAUUGUCAUUUAAAAUUUAUAGUUACAAAAGUAACACUCUGGAUAAAGCUAGGCCACAAGAUUCUCUUUUAAGAAUAUGAAGCACAAGUUUCAGAUAAGAAAUUACAUUCGCUACUUUGUGGUUUUCAGCUAGAACUGUAAUUUUAAAAUAGUUUUCUUGUAUUUUUUGGAACUAGUAGAUUGUAUUAUCUAGCUAGAUAAUAUAUUAUUUAUCUGUUGGUGAUCCUAAUCAUGCUGCCAUAAACUAUAUUUUAUCUAAUAUAUUUAAUAAUUAAAUAACAACUAUUUCAUGACAUCGCAUAAAUACAUCGAUAAAGCAGCCGUUAGAGCUAAGUCACGUAACAAUAGAAUCUAACAAUCAUUGUUACAAAACUAAUACGACCUACCUACCGACCUACGAUUUUUAGUAUAGUUAGAUAAUUAUGAUCUAGAAUUAAGAUAUUGAUAUUGUGAAUAUGUUGUCGAAGAGAGAGUUCUGUAUGUAAUUAUAAUGAAUAACAAAUGACAUAUUAUAGAACCAGUUCGGAAAAUCUUACUUUGUAGCUAGAAAUCGGGGAACAAAAUUUCACUUUGUUCCCUUAUGUGGACUGAUAUGCAAAUUUUUAAAUUUAAUGUAUUUCUCUUUGUGAUGCGAUGAAGGUAUGUGUAGAGGAUUAUUAUUAUUUGGAUCUCGUGCCACUUCGCGCACAGUAUUACAUCUUUAAAUCAUUGCAUCAUCAAAGGUAAUUUUGCAGCCUAUAUAUAUGCCUUUAUAUAAGAGCCGUGAUAGCCUAGUGGAUAUGACCUCUGCCUCUGAUUCCGGCAGGUGUGUGUUCAUAUUUGGUCCUGGGUAUGCACCUUUAACUUUUCAUUUGUGGGAAUUUUAAGAAAUUUAAAUAUCACGUGUCUCAAACGGUGAAGGAAAAACGUCGUGAGGAAACCUGCAUACCAGAGAAUUUUCUCAAUUCUCUGUGUUUGUGAAGUCGGCCAAUCCGCAUUGAUCCAGCGUGGUGGACCUAUUGGCCUAACCCCUGUCAUUCUGAGAGUAGACUCGAGCUCAGCAGUGAGCCGAAUAUGGGUUGAUAAUGAUGAUGAUGAUGAUAUGUGCCUAGGGUAACAAAUACUGUAAUUUUACGAUAAAAUUUAAUUGUAAAAUUAAUUUCUUAAAUUUUUAUAAUGGUUUUUUUUUAAUUCAUGCUCAAGUCAAGUAGAAUAAAAAAUAUUAUUUAUCGAAUCCGUUUAAUAUUUAGUCAUAUAAUAGUACCUACCUGGUGUAGAAAGAUAUUGUGUAAAUAAGUAAGAUAGCACUAAGUUAUUUUGUUAGUUAUUGAUUUAUAGGUAGUUUUAAUUUGUUUUAUUGCUAUCAGCUGUGUUAAAUUUUAA